CAAGACCACAACAACACAGAACAUUCCAAAGCUAAGCUAAACAUGAAGAGAUUCCGAGUGGUUUUGUUUUUCUCUCUCUUCCUUCUCUCUCGUACCGGAGAAUCUGUUUAUAAGGGGUCCACUCCUCCUUCCAAACACAAAACACUUGCUCCGGCAACUAAUGACGGCGUUUUUAUCGUUUACAUGGGCGGCGCGGCUAGUAAUAAUGCCGGCACCGCCACCAGAAACCACCGCGCCCACCUCAUCACCAAACUCGUUGAAAGCACCGCGUUGGUGCACACCUAUACAAACGGGUUCUCGGGCUUCGCGGCCCGUUUGACCGAGGAACAGGCCCAGUCCAUUGCUCAAAAGCCCGGUGUGGUGUCCGUUUUCCCCGACCCGAUUCUCCAGCUCCACACCACCCGGUCGUGGGAUUUCCUUGACUUCUUUUCUGGUCAACACUUUGACCCCAAGCAGAAGCCAUCUUCGCCGCCGCAUUUUGCCGCCUCUGCUACGUCGUCUUCUUCCUCUACCCCACAAGACACCAUCAUAGGCUUUUUAGAUACAGGAAUAUGGCCGGAGUCUCAUAGUUUCAAUGACUUCGGCAUGGGACCCAUUCCGGCCCGCUGGAAAGGAGUGUGCGAAAAUGGCCAUGAUUUCAAUGCUUCCCUCAACUGUAACAGGAAAAUAAUUGGAGCAAGGUACUAUUCGAACACCCGUAACGUGACAAACGGGUCACCCCGCGACUUUUUCGGGCAUGGAACACAUGUUGCCUCUACGGCUGCAGGCUCCCUAGUUGAAGGCGCUUCUUACUACGGGCUCGCUUUAGGGACCGCCCGGGGCGGGUCCCCUGCAUCAAGGAUCGCAAUGUACCAAGUCUGUGACGAGUCCGGGGGAUGCUACGGGUCCGACAUCUUGAAAGCCUUUGAUGAUGCCAUUAAGGACGGUGUUGACGUGUUGUCCUUGUCUCUCGGCCGGCCGGCAUGGGCCGCGCCCGAUUUCUCGACGGACCCGAUCGCGAUCGGGUCCUUCCAUGCGGUUGAGAAGGGCAUCAUUGUCGUCUGCUCUGCAGGAAACAGCGGGCCCUACCCUAACACCAUCACCAACGAAGCUCCAUGGAUCUUCACUGUAGCGGCCUCCACCGUUGACCGCCACUUCGAGUCAGAUAUCAUCUUAGGAGGGUAUAAUAAAGCUAUAAAGGGACAAGGCAUUCAUUUCGGCAAGCUAAAGAAAAAGGCGGUGUACCCGUUGGUGACGGGGGCGUCGGCGAGGUUGAAGAAUGCGAGUGAGAGUGACGCAAGGCAAUGCUUCUGGAACUCAUUAGAUCCAGCGAAGGUUGAGGGGAAAAUUGUGCUGUGUGAAUAUCUGCCAGGAGAGUAUGGGUUUUCAUGGGCAUAUUUAGUGCUAAAAGAUAUGAAGGCUAUUGGAGUGAUCGAAAUAGUGAGUGAGGAAGAUAUGUCCAUAGCUCCAAACUAUAAAGACUUCGCAGGUUCCUCAGUUUCUGCAGAGCAAGCCAUCGACAUUUUCACUUACCUCACAUCCACCAAGAAGCCGGUAGCGUCGAUCCUUCCAACUGUGACAAGUAUAGGAUAUAAACCAGCUCCUGUUGUGAUCUACUUUUCUUCAAAGGGUCCUUCUCUUGCUAGCACUAAUCUUCUCAAGGAACUAUAUACGUAGUAUGAUUUGCUUGGAGCCUAAGAGGAUUGAAUAUAUUGUGUAUAUGCAUGCAUGCAGCCGGACAUUACUGCACCAGGGGUUAACAUUCUAGCAGCAUGGCCUGAUCGGACUCUCGGCGGUCAUUCACCGCCCGUCCCCGGCGUGAAACUUCCCGGUUACAAUAUAAUCUCAGGCACUUCCAUGGCUUGCCCCCAUACCUCGGGAACUGUUGCUAAUGUCAAGGCACAUAACCCCACAUUCACCAUUUCCGCAAUCAAAUCUGCCAUUAUGACCACGGCCACACAGACAAACAACAUGAAUGCCCCCAUAACAAACUCAUCUGGAUUAGCUGCCACACCAUACGAAUUUGGAGCUGGCCAGAUCAACCCUGCAUCAGCACUAGACCCCGGGCUCGUUUACGAGACCGAUAUCGAGGAUUACUUCAUGUUCCUAUGCGCCACGGGCUAUAACACGUCUCAAAUCAGGCUCAUCUCUUCAAAAGUGCCAAAACACUUCAAGUGCCCCAAGAACAUGUCCCCGGAUUUGAUAUCCAACAUCAACUACCCUUCAAUUGCCGUCUCUAAGGUCAUGGAAGGUCAAACCAAGACAGUGACUAGAACCGCGACCAACGUUGGGGAUGAAGACUCGGUGUACAUUGCGACUAUAGAGGCGUUGACCGGGAUCGAGGUGGGGGUGACCCCCAAUAAGUUGGUGUUUGGCAAAGAGAGAAGGAAGGUUAGCUACAAUGUGAGUUUUACUGCUGUGGAAUCUCUGAAGGAGGAUGUCUUUGGCGCAAUUACAUGGACUAAUGGCAAGUAUAGUGUUAGGAGUCCUAUUGUUGUAAGCGUUAUUGACUAUUCAGAGAAUUGAUGAGGGAAGUGUUUGUGUUCAAUAUAGUUGUAUUCAACUUCAAUAAUUAAAUGAUAUGGAGUAGUUUGAAUAUAAUAAAGUGCUCACUUUUUA